AUGUCGAAUACGUAUCGCAGGAUUCUUUUCAUUCUUUACACCCUGCUCUUCUUUUUGGUAACUUGGCUUUUUGGGGCUAAUUUGAACUACUACAACAAUGGUUGGGAUUAUGUGAAUCCUUCUGCAAUCCUUCCCAAUAGCGUACAGUCCAAUUCGUCGGAUUUAUUCACACUUUACCCCUUUGAUGCCGAUCUUGACACUCUGGAACUGACAGAGGAGGAACUUCAAGACGUCUCCAACCGACAAGAGGCGUUUGUCUCUUAUAACGCCAGCGGUCCACACCGUGUGUGUCCAGAAAAAUACAUUAUUGCUAAAGCACAGUACGGUCGCCAUCACAAUCAAAUGGAAGAAUAUAUGAAUAUUAUAUUAUGGGCAGAACGUUUAAAUCGCACUGCUGUUUUUGGGGGAUUUUGGGUUGAAGGUACCUUGGUGCACCCUGCAAAGAUUUAUAACAUUUCAGAGAUUGCACAACGGUAUUGUGUGAUUACAGAGGAUGUGUUAGAGGAGAAAUUGCUUGCUUCACCUUUUUUGGAAAAUCUCACGUAUACUUGUUACGGUACGUGUCUAAAACGCCCACCAUUGACUUCUCUUUUUGAACGUAUGCAACCACAGGGAAAAAGGGUAGGCGUGCCAGGGUUCAUUCCAUGGUCGCGUCGAAAUAGAAUUUUAAAAGAGGCCUUUGCAAUUUUUCGUGCUCAAAAAGCUGAUGUAAUAGUGAUUGGUGGUCAGUAUGCCUUUUUACUUCAUCAUGGUCUUCUCCAUCAUGCGGCUAUUUACAGUCUUUUGCAACCCUCCCCGUUUGUGCGGAAAAAGGUGGAUGAAUUUCUUAACUAUUAUUUCUCUUCAGGAAACCAAUAUAUUGCCAUACACAAGCGACACCGCGAGUCGAGCUGUAAAAAAGAGUUGGUAGAAAAGAUGCCUAACUUUCGGGAAUAUACACACCUGUCGCCCCAACGGGAAAAGCAACCGCUUGCUCAUUGCAACAUCAGCAUACCGUACCUUGAUGCGCUGCACACCUCACUGGGUCUGAAGUUGUUUUCUUUUCCACUCUUUGUGGCACAUGACGGUCAAGAUAAAAAUGCCGUCCGAGAGUUGGCGAUGAGAGGCGCGCGUAUGUAUGACAAAGAUUACUAUCCCCAUUUUGAGGACUGUGAGUAUGGGUUGUGCGCUCUCGCCGUGGAUUACUUUUUGCUUGUCGAGGGUGAGUAUUUUAGUGGGAAUGUGAUAUCCUCAGUGACGCAGAAUGUCUGCUUUGCUCGUCUAGGAAAGGGGAAGGCAUGUCAUGGAAUGGAACCAGGUAUCAUCCGUCUGCUUGCGCAUGAUGUACUUCAGCCUUUCAAACGCUAUUAG